CCGUAGAGGUCGAGAUGAUGUGUGGAUAGUAUUGCUUGGCAUAACGGCUGCGCCACGUCUCCGUGCCCGAUCUCCGAUUCCGUCAUCCGAGCCAACAUCUCCGUGAGCAACUUUCCCUCCCACCCACACAUGCGAUUCUAGGGCGCCCUCGUGCCAGAUUUCCUUGUACAUCUUGUCCCCCCGGCUUCAGCACUCACGUACCCGCGCCUAUUCGAUCUAGCCCACCCCUCUCUCGCUGACGGGCUCCUGUCCCCUUUCCUCUACCAUCACUUCGCAGAGUGCACCAUGUCACAUUACCGAACUUCUCCCUCAACCCGGUCCCAACCAUCCUCCACACUAAUUUCUCUCACAACACUAUCGUUCCUCCUUCUCGGCCUGCCCUCACCGUCCUCGGCAUUCGACUGCAAAGACAUCGUCGCCGGGAAGGUGAAUUUCAACUUCAAGGACCUGGGAGGGCCGCGCAUCGUACACUGGGACGAGGAUCCAGACUGGGCACACGAGACGCAAUAUAAAUACAAUUUCACCAUCGAUAUAUGUAAUAAGCUGCCCUUGAAGGGGGAUAAACAGAGGGAUUGCCCGUCAGGGACGCGGAUAUGUGCCAUCAGGGAACAGUAUGAUUUGGGCGGCGGUGGAAACGCUACUAUUCAGGCGAUUCCGAUCGCGGGGACAUACAAGUUACAGACGGGCAGGGAGAUUGAUGCGAAGUUCUCGUUGCUGCGGGAUUCCAAGUCGAAUACGGAUGUUGGGCGGGAAGGAGUUCGGGCUGAGCUGCAUGGGGGGCGGUAUCCGUUUGAUGAUAAGAAGGGCAUGGAUCAGCAGGCGAUAAUCGAGUUUGUUUGCGAUCGAGAGCGUACUGGGCUGGAGGGAGAGGAGCUGGAUAAGGGGGAGAAGAAGCAAGAUGAUAAGAAAGAUGAUAAGGGUGGGGAUGAGAAGAAGGGGGAUUCCGAGGAUGGCAAGAAGGGCGAGGAAAAGGACGGACGGCUACGGAAGCGGGAGGGCGAGGAUGGCGAGGAUGACGAGAAAAAGGACGCUAGUUUACGGUUUGUGAGCUACAAGGUGGAGGAGGGUGAGAAGGAGAAGAAGGUCCAUACGCUGCGGCUGGAAUGGCGGACCAAGUAUGCAUGCGAGGAUGCGCCUGAACCGGAAGCGAGCUCGCACUGGGGUUUCUUUACAUGGUUCAUCAUCAUUGUCUUCCUCUUGACCGCAGCCUACCUCAUCUUCGGCUCCUGGCUCAACUACAACCGCUAUGGUGCUCGCGGGUGGGAUCUCCUGCCCCACGGCGAUACGAUCCGCGACAUUCCGUAUAUUCUGAAGGAUUGCGCGAGAAGGGUCAAGGACACGGUGCAAGGUCCUGGAGGUAGGGGUGGGUACAGUGCUGUUUAGACUUUGGCUGGCUGGGGCUGCAUUUGGUCUGGUUGGAUCUGGGGGCAUGGGAUGCAAUAAUGGCGUUUGAGCAUUUCGUAUUCCCCACCAUGUCUUCUAGGUUGUACUUUGGAAAUAUAUCUUUUUGUAU